UAACUGUCUGCUAAUGGAACAUAGGAAGUCAGGUUGUUCAGUUACUUUUAAAUUACAUCAGCUAAAGGGAAGUUGGCUAUUUUGUGUGUUGUACUUCAGCUCAAAUUCACAGACUGAAGUUUUCUCCCCUGCUGAACAUGAAGUGAUCUCCAGCAGCUUUCUCUUCUAGUGUGGGCUUCUAAGGUCAGAGCAGUCAUGAUGGCGAGGAUGCUGACAGCAAGCAUACUACUGGGUGUCUUCUUUCUCUCAGGUGCACUGGCUAAAUGUCCUGCUUCUGCUAACGACCUCUUCAUUGAUACGCCAGAGACGAUGGAAGCACUGAAAGGAUCUUGUUUGCAUAUCCCAUGUACCUUUAGGCCUAGAAUAGAAGGAAAAUUUGACAGCACACAGCCAAUCAUUGGACUUUGGCUUAAACAAGUCUCUGCUGAUACAAACAAAGUGGUAUACCGCAGUGAUUGGAAAACCAAUGAAUAUCCAAUGAAUAUAACUGGAAACCUCAAUCUGAAACAAUGCACCACUUUAUUCUCUAAUUUAAUCCCAACAUAUGAAGGCACAUACUUCUUCAGAAUGGAGAGUGAAGCAUUCAGAGCAACCGCUGUUCGUGACUGUCUUCAAAUUAAAGUGAGAGAUUCCCCUCCAAAACCAAUAAUGGAGAUUCCUGCUGAUCUGAAGGAGAAUGUGUCCGUCACUAUAAUGUGUUCAGCCGUCACUCCCUGUCCACUCUACCCUCCUAAACUCACCUGGAAUCUCAAAAGAGACUCUAACUACACAAUGGAGGAAAACCGAGAUGGAACCUUUACGAGAAAAAUCCAGGAGACCAUCACACUGACAUACAAACAUGAUGGAUACAACAUCAGCUGUUUUGCUACUUAUCCUGUGAAUGGAGGAAGAGACAACAAGACAGAAGAGGAGACAAAGACUCUCAGUGUUUCAUAUGCUCCUAAAAACACCUCAGUGUCUGUCAGUCCACCAGGUUUGCUGUCAGCUGGUGUUAGUGUGACCCUGAGCUGCUCCAGCACAGCCAAGCCUCGUGUCAGCAGCUUCACCUGGUUCAAGAUGAGCUCAGAUGGACCCAUGAACGUAUCUGAGGGAGAGAUUUACAGCUUUAAUGUGACAGAAGGAGGAGUUUAUUUCUGCGUGGCCAUGAAUAAACUUGGGGAUGAAAGAUCAUUAGAGAUUCAUCUAAAAGUUGAAGGACUUGGAUCACUAAGUGGAGCAGUUAUCGGAGGAAUCAUCGGGAUCAUCUUACUCAUCUGUUUGGUUCUCUGUCUACUUCUUGUUUUUAUGUGUUGGAGGCGGUCAAAAUCAGCCAAAUCGUCUCAACAGAAUCUGUGUGAAACAGGUGAAGAGCUUCCAAAAAGAACAACGCAAGAUGAAGAAGACAUCCAUUAUGGAGAGAUUGACUUCUCCAAGCGGAGAUCUGAAAAAUCGUCUGACUCCAUGCAGGAUAGCAGACAGCAGCAGGAGACGCUGUACGCACAGGUCAAAGGCCCUGGCUUGGAGCAGGAUAUGCUGUAUGCACAGGUCAAAGGCUCUGGCUUGGAGCAGGAUAUGCUGUAUGCACAGGUCAAAGGCUCUGGCUUGUCCGCUGAUGACCCUGAAAGUCUCUACGCUGAAGUGAAGACAAAUUAAAAAGGAUAAAAGGGGUUGUUUGCAUACACAGAGGCCUGUAAUGCCCUGAAUGCAGAUCACACAAGGUGCAUAGGGCCCUUACGUUUAUGGAAGGUCUCAAAUGUUUUUCACUUAUUAUUACUAUAAGGCUGAUGUCUGUAAUAUGAGAAGACCAGCAUUUCUCUCACAUAUUCAUAACUUUCAGUCAUGUGACCAGCACUAAGAUCUGGAGGAAAAAAAAGAGCUGGCAGAGACUGUUGACCACUAUGUGGAGCUGCAGCACAGGAGGACUCGACAGCCAAUAUUUCCAAAAACAAUUUAAAAUGCAGACUCAUCUGACCACAGCACACUUUUCCACUGUAGAUCAGUACAUCUCAGAUGGGCUCAUGACCAGAGAAAUGGGCCUGAGCUCACUUCUUUAACUUACACCUUUAACCUCUUAACUUACACUCCCCUCCAAAAGAAUUGGAACGAUGGGCACAAUAACUUUAUCUUUUCUGUAGACUGAAAACACUUGGGUUUGACAUGGGGGUUGGGGUUUAUUCAUCUUUUGAUAUCAAACCUAACUGUUUUCAGUCUACAGCAAAAACAGGAAUUGGCCUCACUGUUCCAAUACUUUUGGAGGGAAGUCUAUAUUUGAAGACACAGUGGCUUACUUUGUUAACUGACAAUAGGUUUCUGAAGUGUUCCUGAGCCCAGGUUGCGAUAUCCAUCACAGAAUGAUGCCAGUUCUUUAUGCAGUGCCGAGUCUUCCACUAAGUGGAGAACUUUGCAGCAUUGUUGAUUGUGAACAGCUGAGCUUUUCAAGAGUGCUCCUUUUAUAUGAAACCAUGAUACUAACACCUGUUACCAAUUAACCUUCUUACCUUUAGAAUGCUUUAGUUAUUCGUUUUGGUAGAUUACCACAACUUUUCCAGUCUUUUCUUAUGUCUGUCCCAUCUUUUUUGGAAAGUGUUACAGGUGUCAAAUUCAAACUCUGUAUAUCUGUGUCUUGUGUUAAACAAGGUUUUGUAAAGAAUUUGCAAGUAACUGUAUUGUUUUAUUCUUAUUUUAUAAUGUCCCAACUUUUUUGGAAUUGUAAAUUUAUAAAGGUUUUGUUUAUGGUCUCAUGGUUUAUUUGCUUGUUUUAUUCUCUUCCAC